UUGAUUAUAAAGGGUGAGAAAGAGGGGAACUUGGUGGGAGGAAGCACAGACCACAGGGGCAUAUCUCAAAUUUUUUUACAAAGUGGAUAAUAUAAUAUAAAUUGAAUAACUGAGGGUUUGGUACUUAAGUUUAAUUUAGUUAAAGUUGUUUGUGUCUGGAAUUGGUGUUUGAAAAUGGCUCUCUUUGCUGCAUUUUCCAUUUGUAAAGUUGCCAAGGAUGCAGCUGGAGUUGCAGGAAAUGUCUUUGCUUUUGGGUUGUUUGUGUCUCCCAUACCCACAUUUAGGAGGAUUAUCAGAAAUGGGUCAACAGAGAUGUUCUCAGGGUUGCCAUAUAUUUAUUCCCUUCUAAACUGCUUGAUCUGCAUGUGGUAUGGCACACCUCUGAUAUCUGCUGAUAAUUUGUUGGUUACAACUGUUAAUUCAAUUGGAGCUGUCUUUCAAUUUGUGUACAUAAUCAUCUUCCUGAUGUAUGCUGAGAAAGCAAAAAAGGUGAGAAUGAUUGGAUUAUCGCUGGCAGUUCUUGGCAUAUUUGCAAUCAUAUUAGUUGGAAGCUUGCAAAUAGAUGACAUUAUAAUGCGGCGGUUCUUUGUGGGAUUCUUGAGCUGUGCCUCUCUCAUUUCAAUGUUUGCCUCUCCAUUGUUUAUAAUUAAAUUGGUCAUUCAGACAAAGAGUGUUGAAUUCAUGCCGUUUUAUCUCUCACUUUCCACCUUCCUAAUGAGCACCUCUUUCUUACUUUAUGGAUUAUUCAACGAUGAUGCCUUUAUUUAUGUGCCAAAUGGGAUAGGAACCAUAUUGGGAUUGAUACAGUUGAUAUUAUACUUCUAUUUCGAGGGUAAAUCUAGAGUGAACUCCAGAGAACCUUUGAUAGUGUCAUAUGCAUGAUCAGUUCUGCUGAAAAGACUGGAGUGACAACUUCUUGUUCCUGCACAAAACAGAAUCAGAGUUAGAAAUGACCUUUUGCUGCUAGAUGUGGUCUGAAACUGGAGUUGGCAACAACCCUGUCUGUUUGAUUCAAUUUAUAGGAGAGCAAUUACCGUUGCAUCUUUGAGAGAGACCAGAAGUUGUGAUAAUGAAUAACUUGAAAUUGUCUAUAUCAUAGUUACCAUAUAUCUGGUACAAGUACUGGUACGUGGUACUUGUAGUUGUAGGUACAGAUGGCCAGUUUUUACAUUAUUAUUACUAGACUUUCUUUAAAGAGAACACGGUAUGCAGUUUGUGGUACGUUGAAUACAGCACACAAUAUGCAGGAUUAACUAUGGUCUGUAUAUUUAUGCAAGCCUUGAGAAGGUGAACCAUGCUCCGAAAUGGGACUAUUUCAAGAAAGGCACAUCGCACCUCUCCUGCAGUCGUUGGUGGUGCUCUAGGCUGGCUUCUCUUGCAGUGAGGCCAUUUCCAAGUUCAUCAGAUGUUUACAGACAAAUAUGUACACAUUAUUUGAGUGGCAUAUAUUAUUUAUUAUAGUCUGAUGUUGAUCACCAAAUAAAUAUUGAGUCAUUAUCUCCCUUUUUCAUUAGCUGCUU